CAUCAAAGCAACAGACAUCGUUCAGAAACACACCGGAGGCGAUCACUGAGAGAAGUAAAGUCUCCCUUCCGCGAGACUAAGUCAACUACAUUCCAUCACAUCCUACGAAAUAUUUGAAAUGACGGCAUCUUCUCCCGUGGCUGUCGAAGGCACGAUCGCAGAGAAUGCCGACGACGACAUGGCCCACGACGAAGGCAAGACCGGUGCCCGAAGCGCUGGCACUACGAUUGCGACUCCAUAUGCUUCCACGGCGAAUGCCGUGUCUCCAUUCAAAAAGCAAAGACAAGAAGAAGAGGUCUUUAGCCCGCAACUCCUAAAGAUGUAUUACGCUCGAUUGUUUCCAUAUUCCCUGCUUUGCAAGUGGUUAUCCUAUGACGCCUCCUUCGACACCAAUUCAAGCUUAAACGCCAACAGCAACAAAGCGAGCACCCACAAUAACAAAAAGAUAUUUUCACGUCGCGAAUUUUCUUUCACGUUGGAACCAGAGCCUGGUGAAGAAMUCUACAUACGAUACCAAUCUUUUUCGGAUCUGGAAGGACUCAAAGCUGCCAUCAACCGACGCCAGCCCCGUAAAAUUGACAUYGGUGCCGUCUUCAGUCACCCACCCAAAGACAAAGCAGCUUAUGUCGGAGGCAGCAGCAAAAACACUGGAUUUCGGCCCGUUCAGCGUGAAUUGGUGUUUGAUAUCGAUUUAACAGAUUACGACGACGUGCGUCGGUGUGGAUGUUCCGGUGCCAAGAUCUGUAGGACCUGCUGGACUUUCAUGGCUGCGGCCUUAAARGUUUUGGAUCAAGGAUUGAGAGAAGAUUUUGGCUUUGAACACAUUGCAUGGUUUUAUUCCGGGCGUCGUGGUAUCCACGCAUGGGUCUGCGAUGAGGAAGCACGGAACCUGUCCGACGAAGCGCGAUCGGCCGUUGCGAACUACUUCGAGGUACGAACUUACACUCACGCUGAUGUUUCGAUUAGAAAAGUGUUGUUUAUGGAUAAAUGCUUUGUUGGCCAUGAUGGAAUGGUGAUGCAGCAACUUGCAAUGAGACUUCUUCAGAUCAAACGUCUGACUUUCACCUUUGGCUUCAUUUCUCUACUCCUGUUUUUCGAAACCUGUGAAAAAUACUCACAAUCAAUUACCCUGUUUAUUAUUGAUCCCACUUUUCCAAAAUUUUUAUUCCUUCGAUCCCCAGAUCUCUUUGAACAAGAAAAAUGGCCAGGGCCUUCUCGACAGCAACAACACCAGCGGGUGCAUUCACCCUUUGUUGAGCCGCUCGUACGAUGUUCUGGAACCCUAUUUUGUUCGAUAUGUUUUGCCUAGCGAACAAGACGAGGACGAUAGCGAAGAUUCUGGAAUUCACGGACAYGGAUUGCUUGCAAGCCGUGAUGCYUGGGAAGAUCUCGUAUUGGAUACCUUGCCCCAUAGGGCAAAGGAAACUGUCGGAAAGAAUCUCAAAAAGAAAUGGUCCAACCCACGAGACGUCGACAACCUCUCGCCGGUGGAAAAAUGGAAAACUCUGCUACAGCAUUUGCGAGUGAAAUUCGAUUUUCCUCCKUCUUGGCCCUCUCCGUCCUCCGUGGCUGCCAAGGAGGGCAAUGAAACGACCAAGAGCAAGAAGUUCAAGAAAAACUUUUCGCCGUCGACUCUCGAUGACGAAACGCGCAAGGUCUAUAUGUGGCCAAUGGAAUUCGUGUUUAAAUACWCGUAUCCCAGAUUGGAUAUCAACGUUUCGAAGAUGCAAAAUCACUUGCUGAAGUCUCCCUUUUGCGUUCAUCCGAAGACCGGGCGCGUUUGUGUCCCUAUCGAUCCGAAUGCCAUGGAUACCCAGAAUGGUGGCGGUUUCGAUCCAUUUUCCGUCCCAACCUUGGGUCAAUUGGCGAGGGAACUGGAUGAAUACCACAAAGACGAAAGCGAACGUACCGAAGAYGACUCGGAUGCACAGGGCGAGAAUGAAAUAAAGCCAAAGAAGAAGAAGCACGCGUUGCAGCAUGAAUGGCAAAAGACAAGUCUCAAGAAAUAUUUCGAUGUGUUCCAAAAGAAYGUAUUGGGACCUCUCGAAAAGGAAUGGAGGCGCGAGCAGCGUGACUUGGCCGAACAACAAGCGGCGAUCCGGGGUGAAUUUUAAUGAUAGGAAUAAUAAUUAUUUAAAGUU